UGACAAACUUAACGUGACGUCAUCGACAAGUCAUGUUUUCAAAGGUUGGAAUGGCGAGCAUGGGCUGGGCGGAGCUUGAUGCUUCCUGACGUCUGAUUGGCUGUCAGCCUUCUUUAAAGUCCCUCCCCAGGAGAGUCUUGUUGUCACCGUGAAGCGCUGACUUCAUUUCCCGGGAAGGACGAGCAAAGAUCGGCCAUGACGUCAACAAUCGGCAGGAAGAAGUCGACUCUUCGGUGAUCCUCCUUCACCUGUCAGCAGGAGGACCACGUGGUGCUCUUUACGCGCAGCCGCUUUACGCAGGACUUUAGGAUGAGCAGAGCCGGUGACGUCAUGGAGGGGAGCUACGCGGAGCCGCAGUCGUCCUACGGAGACUCCGCGGCGUCUUCCGGCGGCGGCGACGUCUUCCCGGCCUGCAGCCUGCUGGACACUCCACACCUGUUGGAGCGUGCAGGUGACGUCACGCCCUGGGAGCACCUGGCCAAAGUCCAGGGCACAGGUGUGUCCGCGCCGGAGAGUCUGGCUCAGAGUCAGGGCGGCGCGGGUUCGAGUCUGGUGGCGGCGUGCAAGUUCAUCAAGGACGAGGAGGAAAGUUCCGUCAUCAUGGAGGCGCAUUGUCCGGAAGUCCUGGACACCUGCCGGAAGCAGAGCCAGUUCGGCUUCGGUGAUCCGGAGUUCGCCCCGGUGUGUGCCAGAGCCUCCCAGCCGGUCUUUGUGCACCAGGCGGACGGCAAGGGGAGCCUGCACCUGGACGCACACCUGGCCGUGUACAAGGGCGACCUUCCCCGCUGGCAGGUGCCCGUCAGUCCCGCUGAGGCGCACUUCUGGUGCCAGCCUGCGGAGGAACACUUCUCUCAGGGAGUCCACGGCCAGGUCCACAACCAGGUCCACAACCAAGUCCACAGCCAGGUCCACCAGCAGGUCCACCAGCAGGUCCUCCACCACAGGACACAGACACCUUUCAGCGCCUUUCAUGGAUUGCCCCCUCAGAGGUCAUGUGUGAUCUGUGGAGACGAAGCGUCAGGUUGUCACUACGGAGUUGUCACCUGCGGCAGCUGCAAGGUCUUCUUUAAACGAGCAGUCGAAGGACAUCACAGCUACUUAUGUGCAGGACGUAACGACUGCAUCGUGGACAAACUCCGCAGGAAGAAUUGUCCUGCGUGUCGUCUGAGAAAGUGUUACCAGGCAGGAAUGAUGCUGGGAGGCAGGAAGCUGAAGCGCUUCGGGGCCUUCAAGGCCUUGGGUCUGAGUCCGUCCCUGGUGUUCCAGUCCCACCUGGGCGACGCCCCCGGCCUGCCGUGCGUGCACGACGUGCAGUACUCGCACCAGAUGGUGAGCAUCCUGGAGAACAUCGAGCCAGAGGUGGUCUACUCGGGCUAUGACAGCCUGCAGGUUGAAGGUCCUCACCUGCUGCUCAACAGCCUCAACCGCCUGUGUGAGAAGCAGCUGCUGUGGAUCGUCAAGUGGUCCAAGUCCCUGCCAGGCUUCCGGAAUCUUCACAUCAACGACCAGAUGACACUCAUCCAGUACUCAUGGAUGAACCUGAUGGUCUUCUCUCUGGGGUGGCGCUCCUUCCAGAACGUCUCCCAGGAAUUCCUCUACUUUGCACCUGAUCUUGUUUUAAGCCAGGAGCAGAUGAGGAAGUCUCCAAUCUACGAGCUGUGCUUGGCCAUCCAGUUCAUCCCUCAGGAGUUCUCCAACCUGCAGGUGACACGUGAGGAGUUCCUGUGCAUGAAGGCCAUCAUCCUGCUCAACACAGUGCCUCUGGAGGGCCUCAAGAGUCAGCCGGCGUUUGAGGAGAUGCGUCAGAAUUACAUCCGUGAGCUGAGCAAAGCAGUCCACGUGAAGGAGAAGAGCGUGGUCGCCAGCUCGCAGCGCUUCUACCACCUCACCAAGCUGAUGGACGCCAUGCACGAUAUAGUGAAAAAGGUCAACCUGUUCUGUCUGAGCACCUUCAUUCAAGCUGAUGCCAUGAAGGUGGAGUUCCCAGAGAUGAUGACUGAGGUGAUCGCAUCGCAGCUUCCCAAGGUGCUGGCAGGGAUGGUGCGCCCGUUGCUCUUCCACCCCAAGUGACCAUACCCUCCUUACUGUUCCACCCCAAGUGACCAUACCCUCCUUACUCCCCUCAAGUGACCAUCCCAUCCCUACUCUUACAUGCCAAGUGACCAUACCCUCCGUACUCUUCCACCCCAAGUGAUCAUACACUCCUUAUUCCUCCAAGUGACCAUACCUUCCUUACUCUUCCACCCAAAGUGACCACGCCCUCCUUACUCUUCCACCCCAAGUGACCACGCCCUCCUUACACUUCCACCCCAAGUGACCAUACUCUCCUUACUCCCUACAAAUGACCAUACCCGCCUUACUCUUCUACCCCAAGUGACCAUACCCUCCUUACUCCCCCCAAGUGACCAUCCCAUCCCUACUCUUCCACCCCAAGUGAUCAUACACUCCUUACUCCCCCAAGUGACCAUACCUUCCUUACUCUUCCACCCAAAGUGACCACACCCUUCUUACACCCCCCAAGUGACCACGCCCUCCUUGCUUUUCCACCCCAAGUGACCACGUCCUCCUUAUUCUUCCACCCCAAGUGACCAUACCCUCCUUACACUUCCACCCCAAGUGACCAUACCCUCCUUACUCCCCACACAUGACCAUACCCUCCUUACUCUUCUACCCCAAGUGACCAUACCCUCCUUACUCCCCCCAAGUGACCAUACCCUCCUUCCUCUUCCACCCCAAGUGACCACACCGUCCUUACUCAUCAAACAUGGUAUGGUGUCCAACAUGGUAUGGUGUCCAACAUGACGUCCAACAUGUUAUGGUGUCCAACAUGGUAUGGCGUCCAACAUGGUAUGGCGUCCAACAUGGUAUGGUGUCCAACAUGACGUCCAACAUGGUAUGGCGUCCAACAUGGUAUGGCGUCCAACAUGGUAUGGUGUCCAACAUGGUAUGGUGUCCAACAUGGCGUCCAACAUUACAAGAUGUCCAACAUGGUAUGGCGUCCAACAUUACAAGAUGUCCAACAUGGUAUGGCGUCCAACAUUACAAAAUGUCCAACAUGGUAUGGCGUCCAACAUUACACGAUGUCCAACAUGGUAUGGCGUCCAACAUUACACGAUGUCCAACAUGGUAUGGCGUCCAACAUCACAAGAUGUCCAACAUGGUAUGGCGUCCAACAUUACAAGAUGUCCAACAUGGUAUGGCGUCCAACAUUACACGAUGUCCAACAUGGUAUGGCGUCCAAAAUGGCGUCCAACAUUACAAGAUGUCCAACAUGGUAUGGCGUCCAACAUUACACGAUGUCCAACAUGGUAUGGCGUCCAAAAUGGCGUCCAACAUUACAAGAUGUCCAACAUGGUAUGGCGUCCAACAUUACACGAUGUCCAACAUGGUAUGGCGUCCAACAUUACACGAUGUCCAACAUGGUAUGGCGUCCAAAAUGGCGUCCAACAUUACAAGAAGUCCAACUCUGUGAACGUAAAGGAUGCAAACAUUUGAAGUGUCAGCAAGAAAUGAGUAGAAUUGGUCUGUUCCAGGGUCAAAGUGUCACCAACAUCACAUAUUUGACUGUACAUGCUACGUUUGAUGUUACAUUUGGACAUUAAAGUGUAAAAAGAAGUUAGGCACAUUUUUGCAUGAACUUUCUUACAAGUGUAAAAAGAAGUUAUCCAGAUAAAAAUAACAGCCUUACUUUAUUGAUGGAACGUCUUGUUUGAAAGUGACUCACCUUACAAAUGUACCUUUCAACACUUGGAACUCACACAA